CGGUUUGAAAAUCCGGCGCGCAUCGCAGGAGCAGCGGUUCGGCUUGCCACUGGGAUGUCGGUGUUGAGGCCAAUGGACAAGCUGCCCGGCCUGAACACGGCCACCAUCUUGCUGGUGGGCACGGAGGAUGCUCUUCUGCAGCAGCUAGCGGACUCGAUGCUCAAGGAGGACUGCGCCUCGGAGCUGAAGGUCCACUUGGCAAGGUCCCUCCCAUUGUCUGCCAAUGUGAAUCGGCCCCGAAUUGACCUGAUCGUGUUUGUGGUUAACCUUCACAGCAAAUACAGCCUCCAGAACACAGAGGAGUCCCUGCACCAUGUGGACACCAGCUUUUUCCUGGGGAAGGUGUGCUUCCUCGCCACAGGUGCUGGGCAGGAGAACCACUGCAUCAUUCACCGGCACACCGUUGUGAAGCUGGCCCACACCUACCGAAGCCCUCUGCUCUUCUGUGACUUGGAGGUGGAAGGCUUCCGAGCCGCCAUGGCCCAGCGCCUGGUGCGCAUGCUGCAGAUCUGCGCUGGCCACAUGCCCGGUGUCUCAGCCCUGAAUCUGCUGUCCCUGAUGAGGAGCUCCGAGAGCCCCUCCCUUGAGGACCUGUGAGGGCCACUGGCCCCUGGGGCUGCCCCUCUGCACAGCCUGAUGCCAGCUCCAUAAACGUUUGCUGUUGGUAAAGACCAGUCAGGGCUUGACAGGCCCUGGGUCAGCCGGCCGGUGGUCUCGCAGGCUCCUGCAGGGCCCGUGCUCCAGCAGGGAGUGCUGGGAAGCAGCGGGAGGGAGCCCAGCUGGUAGGACUCCAGCCCCCGCCCACGCUCACUCCUGCCCAGCCCUGUGUCUGUAACUGACACAUUACAUCUCCACUUAACAUUUCAUUUGAACAAAGGGUCUGUGGCUAAAAAAAGUUU